AGCUUGACUAGAGAUAUACAAUAACGACAGUUCUCUCGUUCGAAUGUUAGUUUAGUUUCCUUGGCUUAGGUCAUAAUUACACUUAAACUGAGAAGAAAUAGGAAGAUAUUUCUACACUGUUUUUGUACAUUUAUGCCAGAAAAUAUUAUAGUUUCCGCAUACUGAUUCUGUCUUACUAAUGAUCAUUAGAAGUUACCGGUAGUGCUGGCGUUGCAAGUUAUUUCAUGUGUAACGUUACGGUGCGAAACGAUUGGUUCUCUAUGUAUGUGGCAGUCUCAAAGCUGUCCUAGUCUGAUGGAAGGCUGUGGAGUGUGGUGAUGACCAGAAUAUAAGGCACAAAUCGAUCUCAGAAAAUAGUGCAAGAUGACCUCCGCUGAAACGGAUUCAACGUGCAUGUUGGAAACUACCACGCUAAAAAAGGGGUUGCUAUGGCAACAGAGGGAUAAAUUCUUCAGUCGUUGGAAAGAACGCUAUUUUAUGUUAACUCUGGACUAUUUGGCCUGUUUCAAAAGAGGAUCAAAAGUGGGAACUUCGGAAAUGGGAAGUUUUCUUUACAAGGUUAAUCUGGUAGAUAUUGAUGGCCUUCAGUGGGCAGACAAGAAACGAGAUGGAGUAAUUGCUAUCAGGGUUGGUCAGGAAGGUCAGUUGUUGCUCUGGACACCACAAGGCUUAGAUGAUUGGAUGUUUUCUCUGCGAAAUGCCAUGAGUCGUAGCAAGGGUCGAAGAGAAGUUCUUCGUAAGUCACAGACUCUAGUUCCUCAGCUUUCUGAUGCAGGUUUAAGAAGACGGCACCUGUUCACCUUGCAACACACACUGUCUGAUAGCUACGUAGAAACCUCUUUGAUGCACCGCCGGAACACUAGCAUGGACCUUCAUCGUUUAAGUGACCUGCGACCAGUAGCAGAGCGACAACCAACACCACAGAUGGGAAGACACCAGGAUGGAAGCUCUUCUACCAAUGACAGUGAUUCCUUUGACGAGAGCAGUUUUUCCAUUCCAUUUGAACCAGAUUUCCAGUCUCCAUCUCGUUUAAUCCAUGCUCCACGACUUGCUCCUCAAUGUACUGGUGGUUCUCACUCGUCCCUCAUUUCACUAGGAAGAGGAUCUUUGCGUAGUCACCUAGAGAAACCCUCUCCACGUUCUUUGCAGGUGUCACCAGCUCUCUCCCAAAGAUCUCUUUAUGCACAACAUAUACUCUCCAAUCCAGAGGUCACUCCUACCUCAGACUCUCGGGUUGUGAAAACUGGGGUAUCAUCAGCUACAUCUGAGUUUUCUUUUAUUCAUCCAGAUUCUCCUGUUAAUAGUCUAGUUAAUAAAGGGAGCUGUAAUCAGUCACAGCAAGAGAGAAAUGUAGUACUGAGUAGACAGAAAGAUAACAUUCACUCAGUCUCCUGUUCUUCAAGUGAAACAUCUCAGAUGGAGAACCCUCAACUAAAAGGACCCCCUGGAGAUGAAUCACGCCCCUGUAGCAUCCAUGGCCAACCUUUACUAACCAUCGGAAAAUCUGCAUUUUCCACUCAACCUCCUGACAUAAUACCCUUAAUCGUCAAUGGACAACCAAUCUUCAAGCAGCCGUACAAACGCAGGAUAAAGGCUUACAAUCAUGCCAAGUCUGACUCCCAGUUUUUUCAUAGUAAACUUACAAUGAAUAACACCAGCCCACUGAAGGGCUCUGUAGAGAUAAGCUGACAUCUGUUAUGCAGAGAAAUUGAAAGUUUUUCUCCGUAAAACAUUGUUGUAGCUCAUAUCAUAUCUUAGGACUAUCAUCGGGUUUAUUAAUUAGUUUUGUAGUCAAAUUUAUGUAGCCGUAAAAUGUUUUUUUGUAUAAAAACAUGUAUUGAUUAAGUUAAUUAACUUUUAUUUCUUGUACAUAUGUUUUAGUCAAAAGCUUUGCUCCUAGGUAUACUAGCUAAUAACUAUUAUCGAAAUGUUGUUGUUGUUAGUUGUUAAAUCUUUUAAACUAGUUAUUAUAUAUGUUUAGAUACACAAAUUUAUGCUUAGGAUAGCAGCCCUGUAGAUAGGGAAACCUUCUUAAUUAUCACUUUGUCAUAAAUUUAAUACCUUAGUUCCACUAAAAUUAAUCAGUGUCUUGUAAAAUUAUAGUGUUAGGUUCUUAAUGUUACUUUAGACUUUGUGAUUGCCUUAGCAGAAUAGUUUUGCACAUUUUCAUUCGUUCCUUCAUGGUUUUGCAUCUGUCGUGAAGUGUUUUGAUACUCCAAGCACCUUGUAGCUUAUUAGCUCCUAAUUCUGUCAUGUACUCUUUAUAAAUCUUGUAGCCUAAUGAUUUUCACAUCUGUAAUGGCUACUCCAAGGAGCUUGUACUUCAUCAGCACCUGUAUCUUUCUCUUUUCUGUGGUCUUGUGUCUCAACUAGUAUCUUUCGAUACACCAAGAACCUUCUAGCCCUAUUUUUUUUAAUGGAUCCUUAAGUUUAAAAAUGAAAUCAUUAACAGGUUUGCACACUUUCCAGUUUGUUUAUAGUUUCAGAACCUUCACUAUAUGCAAUGAGGUGCUAGUUACAGAAGCUGGAAAGAAGUUAUGGAAUGUGUAUCUUAUCAAUAAGUUGUAUUUGCAUAAAAUAUUUGGAAGAACUCACAGGAUGCAAAGACUGGUGUUUACACAGAGGUGGUCUUAAUACCUAAGAAAAGUAGAGAUUUCUGGUGGUAUUAGGACAGGAGUGAUCAGAAUAAUUGAUAAGAUGUAGAGAUUUACUUGACUUACCACUAAUACUAGGCUCAUGCAUAUAAUCCAUGAAAAAAAAACUUACUAGAACAAUAGACUUAUGUUAGUUGGUGUUGGCAACAAAAAAUGAGAGGUUAGAAUAGUUUUUGGAAUGUAGAAAUUGUGACUUCUUGUUACUGUCCUGAGAGGUGGUUUUGUUAAUUGUGUUGUUCCACAAAUGCUAUGAAUUCUUAUAUUUAAUGACAGUACAGAUUGGUCAAUUACUUUAGUGAUAUUGACACAAUAAAUAAUCUUUUGGUACAUAAAGUGUUUACUUUCAAAUAUGCAAAACUAAACUCAUAAAAGUACUUUUACAUAAGUAAGGUACAAAAUACGGUAUGGAGUGUUAAUUAAUUCAUUUUUUUCACUCUCAAUAUUUAACCAGAAAAAUUGUAAAAAAGAACAAAUAUUCUGAACCAUUAUAUUACUUGAUACACUGUAAUGGGACAUAAUGAUUUUCCUGUCUUCACAAUAUCACUUAACAGUAUUAUUUUAUAGAUGACUUAGGCAGAGUAUUCAGGAUGAACAAACAAAAGUGAUAUAGGUAGCAACUGCCUAGUUCAGAGUGACACUUGUGGAGAAAACACUGGAGGGCUAAUGUACAAAAUUAGUUCAAGUAUAAGAGAAUGAAAUUUUGAAAGACUUCAGGCUCAUGAUGAAGUCUUCCAAAAUGGUCUCAUUUCUACCAGAGCUACUUUUAUAGAUUAAUCCUCAAAGACUUUUUCUAGAAGUAUCAUACUGAUCUAGGUAGUUGCUGCCUAUAUCACUUUUGUUUGUUCGUGACAUAUAUAUAUAUAUGUCUAAGUAUAUUUUCUCUGUCUCUUUUAGAGAACUCAUUCUAUUCCACUGUGGGCCAAUAACAAUAUGUGCAAAUAUGUUUUAAAUUCUAGAACUCAUUAAUAUAUAUAUAUAUUUUAAAGAUAAGCUUCUGAGUUAAGUAUAGGAAAGUAAGUGGUAAAAUUAUUUUUUUUACACACUGAAUUCGACAUGACUGACUACUUUUUAUUAUUAUUACUCGGUAAAAAAAGAAUUAAAUUGUUCAUGAGGUAGAAUUCUAGCUUCAUCACUGAUAUCAUCAACUCAGGUCUAUAUCUCAGGGUAUUGGUAUUUUCAGCCCGAAAAAGCACCUUAGGUGACAAAUGACCUAAACAAAUAUGUCAGAGACCCUAAUAUUCAGACAGGGCUAUUCCUAAUUUAGGACUACUGGCCAAAGGGACAGCAAGCAGUCAGCAGUACCUUAAUUUGACACUCACAGUUAUAUCUCAGGGUAGAUGAAAUAAAGUUUAUGUAACUUAAAAGAUAUAUCAAAAUAUGUUGAUGGGUUUGACAAAACAGUUAACGUAUUUUAACAUAGAUUUUUGACAUUGUAAUUAGUUAUAAGGUAUUUAAUUAGAUGAAUAAAUAAUGAAAUACGUUUAUCAAGACGUAUUUUUAAACUUCCCCAGAUAGAAUAUUUAUAGCAAUGUUCAUGUUUUUUUUUAUUUGUGUUAAGUUCAUCUAGUUUUCACUAGUAAUUUUGAACAAUUCUAUUGUUAAGGUACAAUUAGUUAUAAUAUAACGAAAUAAUGUUAUUGCUUAUGCAUUAGACAUUCAAAGUCAUAAAAGUAAUUACACCCAAGUAACAUCACAAUUCGUUUCUGAAAAGUGUGUAGUUUCUGUAUGGUGUUUGUACUUCCCCUCUACUAAAGCAUAUUAAUGUUAACAAAUAAUUAAUUUUGAUUUUCUUAUUUUUCUAAGUGAAAAAAAAAGAAUUACAUUCAUUAUGGUUUAUAGUUUAAAAAAAAAAAACACGGAAAAGUUUAAUUGAUUUCAUUGCUGAUAGAUGGCAUUAACAUACUAGAGUGCUGAUGUGAUAUGCUUUUUAAAAAAUUUUAUACACGUCGUUGAUGGUUUUUUGUUUGUUUGUUUUUCUAUCAGUGGAUCUAGUCAUAACAGUUAGUGAUGCUCUUGUAAGCUUUAUUAGCUUUUAUUGUAUGUUGUUCUGGCAGUUUGUUCUGUCUAUGAUAUAUCAGAGUAAUUUCUCUGUUUUUUUUUAUGGAAACUCGUCUACAAUACUUCUUUGGAUAUUAUUUGGAUUUGAGUAUUUUAAUGAGUGUCUUACAUUAAAACAAAGUAACGCACAUAAUAUCAAGGGUAUUUAUUUAGUCAUUGCGAAUACAAAUGGGGGAGAGAUAUCGGUAUAAAGGGUUAAUAUAGAUAGUAAGGUUCACUAUACGUUGAUUUAUAUAAAGAUUCAAUUUGUAAAUGGAGGGGGGCGUUUUUAAACGAAUGACAAUAAUUUCUUCUAAUAUAUUCUUUACAUACAACUUCAAAUAGAAGGUAUGGAUAUACUGACUCAAUGAUGAGCGGGAAUAAAAAAAUCUCGUUUAAAAAAAGAAUGUGAAAGGAGAAGUUAAUUUUAUUUAAAUAAAUAAUAGCAUUUAACUGUAAAUACAGUUAGAAAUUAAUAAGUUGGUAAGUAUCAUGUUAUUUGGUAAACAUAUGUUCGUAUAUCCAUUUCAAAUAUCUGGGCAAACAUAGGAAACAUUCAUUCUUUUAGAAGGAAAACAUCGAAAGGGAAGAGAAGAGAAGAGAACCGAUUGAACGUCUAGGAGAUGGGAUAUGGAUGCUUUCCUGCUUUGCCUAUAUACUUGAAAUAUCCCUGCAUUCCCAUUACUGUCUUACAUGGGUUGUUCGAUGUGUUGUAUGUAUGUGUUAUCGGUGUUGUUCAGCAGAUAGGCAUCAUGUCAGUGACAAAUAUGGAGUUUGCUAUUUUUGGUUGGAUGUAAAUGUCAUAGUAGGAAUCAAAUUCUGCUUGUCGUUAUUAAUUUAUGUGUAUUAUCCUGAUGUGUAAUAAACAUUCAAAAAGUCAA